AUGAACCUUACAAAUAAAGGGUGGGGCCAGUUCUGCGAAUGCUAUGCUUCACCCAGAAAAAUUCAUUGCGCAAGCUGGAAUGAUACACCCACAUUUAUAGCGUUUGCAUCAAGCGUGGGUAAAGCCCUUCUCAAAUCUUCGUUCGCGAAGCCUCGCCAUGAUGAUAUUGGAGAUGGGAGACAGGGUAAAAGCAUAAAGACACAGAACGAGUGGGAGCACGUAGACAGUCCCUCUUCAGAGAACAGGAAGAAUGGUUUACUUGACUAUAAAGUUAACGACAAAGUGCUCACUACAACAGCUGCAGCAGUCAACACGGCGGAGCGGUCACAAAUUGAUCCUAUGCCCAGUUAG